AGACAGACUCUUCCUCCGCCGGCCGAUCGACAUCCAACACCAGCAGAGAGAGAGAGAGAGAGCGAGAGAGAGAGAGCGAGAGAGAGCGAGAGAGAGCGAGAGAGAGAGAGAGACAGAAACAUGAGUCCUCUGUGGCUAUUGGCUGUGCUGCUGGGGGGCGUGGCCAGUCAGUGCUGGGAGCACCCGUCCUGCCAGGAGCUGAGCUCUGAGAGCAGCAUGCUGGAGUGUAUUCAUCUCUGUCAUUCUGACCUCACGGCGGAGACGCCCGUCAUCCCGGGCGACGCCCACCUGCAGCCUCUCUCGCCAUCGGACAGCGAGUCCCCGCCUCCCGCCUCGCUGUCCGCCUCCCCCUCCUUCCUCCUCCCCCCUCCCUCCUCCUCCUCGCCCCCCUCCCCCCAGGCCAAGCGCUCCUACUCCAUGGAGCAUUUCCGCUGGGGGAAGCCCGUGGGCCGCAAGCGCCGCCCGGUCAAAGUCUACACCUCCAACGGCGGGGAGGACGACUUCCCCGAGGCGUUCCCCGGCGAGAUGAGGAGGCGGGAGCUGGGCGGCGAGGCGGCGGAGAAGGAGGAGCAGGAGCUGCAGGAGGUGCAGGAAGUGCAGCAGCUGACGCAGGAGAAGAAGGACGGCGGCUCGUACAAGAUGAAGCACUUCAGGUGGGGCGGGCCGCCGGCCAGCAAGCGCUACGGCGGCUUCAUGAAGAGCUGGGACGAGCGCUCCCAGAAGCCCCUGCUCACGCUGUUCAGGAACGUCAUCAACAAGGACGGACAGCAGAGCAAGAGGGGGGGCGAGUGAGGGCCGAGCGAGGGAGAGAGAGAGAGAGAGAGAGACUUUUCCCUGUCGUCUGAUUGGCCUGUUUCUGUUAUUAGUUAGGGAAGAGCUCUGAUUGGCCAGGGAAGCUCGUUAGCAACACUGUAGUGACCAAUGAGAAGCUCAGCCUGAGGGGCGAGCGAGGCAGGCAGACAGAGAGAGAGAGAGAGAGGCUGGGAAUUUCUGGAUCAGUGUAAAUUG